AUGGGGGCAGAAGCUUUAGUGAAAUUCUUGGCACAGAGACUGGAUUACUUGUUAUCCAAAGAGACCGAAAACUUUUCAGGCCUGAGUGGACAAAUCCUGCAGCUGAAAAGCAAACUCGAUGAAAGCGGAUGUUUCAUUCAAACUCUGGAUCGAAGCAAAUAUGGAAAUGAGUCUGUUCGGCAAUGGAUCCGGGAGCUAAGGGACACCAUCUACGAUGUGGAAGAUCUCGUGGAUCAGUUCAUUACUGGGGCAAAUGUUUCAGAUGAGUCUGAAAAGGCUCUCUUGAUCAUCCGUUGUGGGAGUGAUUUGGAGAGUAUCCAAGUACGCCUCACCCAAAUCUUGGAUCGAAAGCCGCAGUGCGAUACAUCCGCUUCUUCAGCAGGAGGGGGCCAUGGAGAGAGCUCUUCUAGCUUCGUUGAUCCAGGUGAUCAAUCUUUAGCCUUACUGGUGUCCGAGUAUAUGAGUUUACCGUAUUACCUUAGGUCCUGCUUGAUGUACUGUUGUGUCUUUCCUGCGAAAUGUGGGCUAAGCAAAGGAACGUUGACACGGAUCUGGAUGGCUGAAGGUAUCAUACAAGCGAAAUCAGGAGAAAUUCUGGAGGAUGUAGCUGAAGAGUAUAUUGAGAAACUAGUUAGCCUUGGUUUGCUUGAAACAGAACUGGACUGCAGAAUUGAAUUCAAAGUUCCAUAUCCACUUCGCCGAUUUUUAGUCGAUGAAAUGAUGGAAGAAAACUUCAUCAUUGCCUGUUCACAUUCAGAACCUAUUAUCCCCGCCACUGCUCGUCAUGUCUCCAUCCACAACUGUUGGAAUGAUGCAAUACCAAACUUGAACGAUCUUCCAAUUCGUUCACUGUUUGUUGUUGGGAUAAGAUACUGGGAACACCCGAAAUUUACAUUCUACGGACUCAAGUAUUUGAGGGUGCUUCACUUAGAAUGGAUGAGGAAUAUGGUGAAGUUACCAGGUAUUGGGAGAUUGAAAAACCUUCAGAGUGUCAAAGGAGUUUAUGCUCGUGGCAGCAUUUCGAGAGAGUUAGGUUGCUUAACCCAGCUCAGGGAACUUGGGGUGUUGAAUGAUUAUGACGUAGGUGAACUGUCUACCUCUAUCAUGAAGAUGAGCGGCCUUUUGUCCUUAACUUUAACUGUUAGCUUAAUUUUUGAUGAAGAUCUUCUGGACACUUCGGAGCCAUUUUCACCACCACCAUUCCUCAGAAAACUCCAAUUAGAAGGCCGUCUAGUUAGUUUACCUGACUGGCUUAGUUCAACCGAAAAUCUUACUAAACUAAGAUUAGGCUUCUCCCAUCUAUUUGAGAACCCCAAUGCAGUGCUUCAGUUUCUCCCCAAUUUGAAGCAUCUUACUCUAUGGAAAGCCUACAAUGCUAAACAAAUUGGGAAAGAAUUCUGCCCGGCAGGUGGGUUUCCAAAGUUAGAGGUGCUUGUCAUCGCUUCAUACAACCUAGUAGAGUGGACUGAGAUUGAAAAGGGGGCUCUGCCCAGCCUGAAAUACCUGCACUUCCACUCCUGCUCUAGGUUGAUGAUUCUUCCGGAAGGAUUGCAGUAUGUGACUACACUACAAAAACUCAUUCUUUUUCCUUUCCAUGGGGAUCAUGCCCGAAGAUUAGAUCCUGAAAGAGGUAUAGAGCACUACAAAAUCAAACACAUACCGAAGGUGCGAUUUUUCGAAUAG